AUGUCACAAAUAAAUGCAAUUUUUGAAAGAAUUGAAAAUAUAACAAAUAUUAAUGGCGAAUCAGAAUUAAUCCCUAUCGUUUUUCAACAUCAUCAAUCAGAUAUAAAUAAUGAAGCUAAGGGUCUCUUUUCUUCUCUAAAAACAUUUCUUCACAAUAUUUUUAACGAAAUUGAUGAAUUGGCAUCUUGCAUUAAAAAUGAUGAAACUGUGCUUAUCAGUGUAAAAAAUCAAAAAUUGUUAAGAACCUGUUUUCAAUUUAUAGUAUCACUAGGUAUAUCACCUUGCUUGGUGCCUGGCUUAGGUAUAAGCUUAUCUAAAAGAUGUACAUUGGGAGCAUUGUUACCUCCUCAAAACCUAAGUGAUGACCAAAAGUAUGAAAUAAUAGUUGACUGUAUUGAUUUCUUUGUUAGAAGUUACACUGUUCCAGUUUUGAAGAAUAUCAUUGUCACUUUUCAUCUAUCAGACUAUCUAGCUGCUUUAAUACAAUUGUGUUUUGCUCCGCUAAAGAAACCUGGUGUUUACAAUAAUUAUAGGAUGACUGAAGAAACUUAUGAAAAGUUGAAUAUGGACAGGCAGAAAUACAUCCAAGUAUAUGAGUAUCUAGUAAAUAAUUGUUUUCAGCCAACACUCAUGAAGGAGCUUUUAGUGUUACAAAAUGUGUGUGAUCAUACUCCUCCAGCUUUUGUUAAAAAGGUCAUUGCUAAAGAGUUAAGCAGGCGUCUUGUGGUGCCAGGUGGAUUGUUAAGUUUAAUAAGAUGUUUCAUUGAUUCUUAUGAAAUGGAUACUGGUAUAGAAUGGAAAAAAAUUGACAUAAUUUGCAAAUUAAUUGCAACAAAGCAUGGAUAUACAAAUGAGACUUUAUACCUUCAGAAUAUUUGUAGUCAGCUGAAACAAAUUUUUAUAGUAAAUAAUUCAAAAUAUUUGACAACCGCAAUUGCAUGCCUAAUAACUCUAAUAGAAAGAUAUCCUAAUUCAGAGGCUGUGAAGGCAUUAACAAGUGAAGUUUUUGACUCGUUUAAAUUUGAAAAUAUAAUAUCUGGUUCACACUUACCUGGAACUAUAAUUCUUACAACACAAGAAAUUGACCAUAAAAUACAGAUAUUUCAUUCAUGUCUAUGUUUGGCAAAUCAAGAGAUAGUUUAUAAAUUUUUGUCUCCAAAUAUAAGAGUACUCUUUUUACUUGGAAUGAAAUGCAGUAAUGGAGAUUUAAAGAGAAAGUUAAAUGAAAUUUUAUUAAAAUUGUUAGAGCACAUUAGUAAGGAUGAAAUAGCUCCUUUAAUAAAAACAUUUUUAUUUGGCAAUGAUUUGAGAUCAUCUGGUAUCAAAGUUGAAGAAUAUCAGGCAGGGCUUGUAUUAAAAUCUAGUACUGUGACUGAUUGUUUUUAUCCAAUGGAUGAUGCACUGUUCUAUUUUAUAGAGAUAUUUAAAGAAUCAACAGAUAGGAAUUUUGUUCAAGUUGUGCUUGAGACCUGUUUGCAAAUUCAUAUUGAUUUAAGUAUAAAAAGAAAAAAAUGUCAAGAUGAAACACUGUUAUCUCAAGAAGAUGAUCCUGUUUUACUUAAUGACAUUGAUAAACAAUAUAUUAAUAUUCUACAUUUACUAUCUGUUAUAUCAGAAUCGUCCAAAAUAAGUAACUGUUUGAAAACAUGUCCCCUAAUAGUCAUUAAUUUUGUUGAAUAUUUCCUUCAACAUAAUGAGGAAAACAGUGAAUCUCAAACUAUUGCUUUAAUUUUGUUAAAUACAAUAUUACCAGAUCUCAAUGAUUUAAGUUUGAAUGUUAGAUUAAAGAAUUUAGUUCCAACAUUAGAGAAAAUUGCUCAUGCUGAAUACAAUUCAAACAGAAUUUUAUCUAAAGAAGCCUUGUCUAUGAUUUUGGGUGAAAAAAUUCAGCAAGGAAACUCGGCUUAUGAAAAAGCUGUAUCAGAUGUUUUUGAUGUUUUGCUCCCAACAAGAGCACAUGGAAUUAUUGAACUUACAAAGCUUAUAGAUGUCCAAGAUGCAGAAACAAUAUCUAAGCGUCAUUUUGUAUUUUGCUUAUUCCAGGAACAGCUAAAAGAUGUGGAUUCUUAUGUUUAUUUAGCUGCAAUUAAUGGUAUUGCAUCAUUAGCUUUACAUUGUGCAGAAGACGUUUUGGCUGUCUUAUGCAGGGAAUUCUUAAAUAUUUCCACACAAAUUGUUGAUGUUGAAACAAGUGAGAUGCAAAAUAAAAUUCAAGAGCUAAGAAUGAAAGUAGGAGACAUUAUUGUCAAAGUGACUAAACGUCUUGGUGAUAUGUGUAUCAUUCACAAGACCCUAUUAUUGAAUACAAUGUUAACUGGUUGUAGAGAUGAAGAUCCCUUAAUCAGAGCAUCUGCAUUGUCCAACUUGGCUGAAAUAGCUUUAGCUCUGCAUUACAAGAUUGGUUCUAUUAUUUAUGAGUUGUUGCUAUGUAUUGGAAGCAUAAUAGAAACAGAUAAGGCAAUUGAAUGCAGGAGGGCUGCUGUGAUGGUCAUAUCGAGUUUGUUAAAAGGCUUAGGCAAAGAGACAUUAGUCCAAUUAGAAGACAAUUUGCUGCCUUUAUAUAGGACUCUAAACAAACUGUACAAGGAUAUAAAUGAAGAUGACAUCGUCAGACUCCAUGCCCAAAUAGCUCUUGAAGAACUUAAUGAUAUAGUUCAUGACUUUUUGUUUUCUAAAAUAGAUAUGAACAAACCUGUAUCAAUGUUGAAUCAAUCCAAGGAAAUAAUUUAUAAAUAA